AUGAGAUCCCUUGGCUCUAUAUUUGGGAUUAAGACAGACAAAGCAAUGAAUGAAAUAAAUAAGCCACCUUCAAAGUCUGCGGUGAGCUCUUGCACAGACGACUAUAAAGACAAUAAAGCGAGGUGUGCUUUAUCGAGCAUAGGGCUUAGUCCCUCUGAUUCGUAUGGUAACAAAUAUGAUGACGUAAUGCUAAGCGAGGCGCCCCUCGAAACGGAGGAAAUUCCGGUUUCAGAGGUGGCAGAUUUUUUUAAAGCGUUUCAACACACUCUGUGUGAAUGCAAGGAUAUGCGCGAAAGGCAUAACGUAGUUAAGAAGGCCAAGAUGAUUUGCUUGCAAAUAGCACAUUCCAGGGCUACUCUAACACAUGAAGAAUUCGCGUGUGCCUUUGGAAAGCCCUCCACCGCAAUUCAGAGUCUCCUCGAAGAAAUACAGGAGGAGUCUGUAGCUCUCCGUGCGCGGCAUGCUCUGGCUCUUUACCAUUUCUGUCUGGAGCUUGAUCAAGAAUUCGAAGACGAGUUAUUUUCAUGUGGAACGGGGUUUCUUGCAUCUCUGCGGCGGGAGAAUACCCUGGGGUUUCCCGACGUAACGCAUGAGCCAAAUCCUGCCACCGCCCCUCCGACCACUCCACCCACGUUGAAGCGAUGCCAAGACCUUGACUUAGUUAAGAUUUACCGUAAUCUACUUAAGGGUGGGGGCUACCUACCGACUGCAGCUGAAAUGAACGAAAUUCUGAUUCGUGCCGACGGUAUCUUUCGGGAUUUACCGAAUAUUGUCAUGGUACCUCUGCCGGUUGUCGUGGUGGGGGAUAUUCAUGGGCAGAUACGCGACUUGCGCGAGCAUGUUUUGUCUGCAGGUGGUCCCUUAGUUUCGGAGGAGAAACUCCGUGCGGCAUCCAUCCGCGCUGGGGCUCCUGCGAAGGAGAAUACGAAGAUUUGUAAGGGAUCUGCUAACCAUAGCUGCAAGAUAAGGUCCGAGGGGCUAAACAAAGUGGGUAAUUUACCCCAAGAGAAUGUGAAACAGCCGACCUCGUCAUCCUUUCACCACCAACCCGACUCUACCGCGAUCAAGAGCAAGGCUACACAAGGUAGAAAAAGUACGGAACGCGCAGCACUUGAGGACGGCUCUUCGGGAAAGAACCCAUCACGAGAUAUGACAAAGGCAUCCACGUAUCUUUUUCUAGGAGAUUACGUUGAUCGUGGCAAGGGCAGCCUAGAGUGUCUAUGCCUUCUUUUGGUGGCUAAGCUUCUCUCGCCAGAUACGGUCUUCUUGCUUCGUGGCAAUCAUGAGUGCUCCCUCGUUAACCGACAUUACGGCUUUCUGGAAGAGUGCCAUCGGAUGUAUCCCAUCAUCAAUAAUUGUGUUCGUAGUUCCGUAUUUAUCACCCCAGCCACCGUCAACUCAGAAGGCGGGACGCUCAAACAAGUCCGAGAGGGGAAAGGCAGUUCCCAUGGAGGGUCUCCCCCCGGAGGCGGAUUGCAGAAGAAGACGGGGAAAAAGUCCGGUGGGGAAUCAGAAGCGGGUAUGGGUACCACUGACUUGUUGACCACGGCAGAGGAGGCCGCGAACCAGGCCGCCCAACUUGAGAGCGAGCAGGCUGCGAUGGAUGCGAUGGAGUGGGAUCUUAGCGACCACCCGCUCUGGAUCAUCGCGAACAAAGUCUUCGAGUGCCUACCGAUUUGUGCUGCGAUUUAUGAAACCGUCGAGCGAGUGGGAUGCGAGGGGCCUCAGGGGGAAAAAGACGUCUCGGCCGCACCCCGUCGGACGAAAAGCUGCAGUAACCCCACACCGCUGAAGGAGUCAAAAGUGGAGAUAGCAGACAAACCCUCAAAAUUUAUUAAUCGAGUAAGGAAUGAGGAUGAUAAGCGACAGGUGGUGAGGAUUUGUGCGAUGCAUGGUGGACUUUCACCCCACAUUGGAAACAGUCUCGAUGGCAUUAUUGCUGUUAAUCGAUUCAAGGUUAUUGAGAACGGUGCUCUGGCUGAUUUAACGUGGUCAGACCCUAUCUCCAGCGCGCAGGGCUCCUCUGAUUCUUGCCAUCAUGAAGCAGGUGAUGGCGCCAACUGCCUGCCAGGGGAUAAUACGAAUUAUCAUUUGGUGUUUAAAAAUAAUUUCGAUUUUUCAGUUCCAGUAGACUACGAUGGCCCGGUUAUAGGGUUUUCACAUAACGCCCGGGGUACGGGGCAUACGUUUGGUGAGGAUGUCACCUGCUCUUUUUUAAAAAAGAACAAGAUAAACUACAUCAUUCGUGCUCAUCAGUGUGUUCAGAAAGGAUUUCAAUGGCUUCACCAACAUCGUGUGCUUACCAUUUUUUCAGCAUCAAAUUACUGCGGUACUGGAAAUAAAGGUUCUAUUGCGAUACUGGACGAACAUGGAAUUCCAGAACUGAUUCAGUACAGUCAUAUCGAGGCCACCGAAGACGUGGAAGUCGAUGUAACCGCCCCCAUUCCGCCUCGAAAAUUUCUAUGA